ACCCACUACAGCGCCCUUGGACUGGCUCCAAACGCACCCCUCGAAGUAAUACGCGCCGCCUACAAAGCCCUUGUACUUCUCUACCAUCCUGACAAGAACCUACAUCGCACGUCUUUAGAGCGCAUCUCUCAUGCUGCUGCAUUCAGAGACAUCCAACAAGCGUACGAUGUACUGAUGGACCCUUCCCUGAAAGCCGCCUACGACGCCGAACCGUCUCAACACUAUACCGAUUCAGAUGCUCCACCAACAUCGAAGCGUAGAACACCUGUCAAGCUAACAACCCCUGAAGAGAAGGCUGUGAUGACAACCAAAGCGCGUCAACAGAUUCAACACCUGCGCGAACAACGAGCCAAGCGUGACAUCGAAGAGUCAGAGCUAGAUGUUGGAAGCCUCAGGAGUAUGAUCCGUGUCUGGAAGGGCCUCGCAGAGGAGAACAGCCCUGAUCCGCCUAUGAAGGCUCACUGCACAAUCCGAGCCCAUGAGUAUGAACAGAAGCUAGCAGAACGAGAUCGACAGCAUGAAGAGUGGCUGGCGAAGAUGGCAACUACUAACCAUGUACCAUCAACGCCCGCGCUGAAAAUUCAACGUGCCGUAACGUCAUCUUCUUCUCGAGUGCAGGCUAUAAUGACUGCUUCACCCACAGCAUUUCCAACACCAACCCCUGCUAUACGUCCACAACGCGCGCUACCGCGUAAGCAUACAGAAGUAGAACGGGUAGCGGCAGACGGAGCACGCGCUGAAGGUCGCACAACAGCGAAAGCCUUUCACAAUACAGCUAAACCAGCUAUGCAGGACAGAAAAGUUGCCUCGGUCCUAGCCGAGAAAGGGAAACGGCCAGCAAGCAUCCAAGGGCAGGCUAGAGGAGGCGCAGGACGGAUUUCUGUGGUUCGAGCUAAAGCUAGCUCCGGACCA